CAAGUUUCCUGAAAUUGCACGUCUUGUAGAAAAAAUUAAAUUUCAAGUCUUAUUAUGUUGACUGCUCUACAUGUGAAUAUGUUAUUCUCUUUGUUCCAUACAUGAGAUUAAAAUGGCUUUUAUAAAUGAACCAGUGUUAAACAUUAUAGUUGUAGGCUUCCAUCACAAAAAAGGAUGUCAGGUAGAACACUGUUAUCCCGAGUUGGUGCCAGGACGGCCCUCGGAGCUGCCACCAGUUUGGAGAUAUUUACCUGCACUAGCACUACCUGAUGGGUCACAUAACUUUCUGUCUGAUACAAUAUUUUUUAAUUUGCCUGAUGUAUCAGAUCCAACACGAACUGUAUAUGGUAUAUCAUGUUUUCGACAAAUUCCUGUAGAGCAAGUUAUUCAGAAAACGGAAGAUAUGACCAGAAGUUCUGUGCAAAAAAGUGUGUGUGUGAUAUGUCGAGCUCCAUUAUUUGGUAGAUUGGCUGUUAAAAUGGAGCUUGUGGUACGAGCUUGGUUCUUACAAGGUGACUUUUCACAGACCAAACUGCUUGAGGAUGCAUAUAAACAUCUUAAUAGUUGUCCUGUACAAAUUGAUCAAACAUUAGAAGGUUUAUCUGUUCAAAAAUUAGUGGAGAAUUGGCGACACAAAGCCUUAUUACUCUUUAAAUUGUUGUUGUUGGGCCGUAAAGUUGUUAUCUAUGGAUCGCCUGCUGGUCAGCUGUCCACUGCUUUGUUAACUGUUAUAUCUCUACUGCCUCGUUGUUUAGAAUAUGGACUCUCGCGCUCAGCAAAUGUUGUACUGACAAGGCCCUUAUCUCCAGUUCCAACAUUAAUAGAAGAAGCUGAAGAAGAAUUAAGUGCAGAAAUUUCAACAGAACCAAUUUUUAAUGGAACUAAUCUUGUCGAGGAACUAUCUCCCAAAGAGACUGGUAAUCUUUCUUUGGAUGAAAAAGAUAGAGUAAGCCAUCAGAGCUUUGAUGAAACUUUACUAUCUGAUGGUGAUCGUCAUGAGGUAACUGGGGUGAGGGAAAAGUGUCACAGCAUAGGAGAGAAAUAUAAACCACAGAAAUCGGUCAAUGAAGCUCAGCAAAGCCCUACUAUGGCGAGGGACAUGAGUGUAGACGGACUAUAUAAUUUAACUGGACAAAUUGACCAAGCAGAGUGUGGUUUUCCGUUACCCCUAUUUGAAGAUGGCUAUCUUUGCUUGCCAUACUUGUCAUUACAGUACUUGGAUCUAUUAUCAGAUUCUGCAGUGAAAGGGUUUGUUGUUGGCGCGUCAAAUGUACUUUUUAAACAAAAGCGACAAUUGUUUGAUGUGCUUGUUGAGUUGAAUGAGAUGAGAAUUGAGACUGCUGAUUUAGCUCUUAGACGGCAACUGGCUUUGGGCACUGAAGACCUCAGGUUUGCUGACCAUGUCGUCCGACAUGGCGCAACACAAGGGGACUCGUGGAUAAGAGAUCAAUUUGCUAGCUAUUUAUUGUAUUUGUUAAGGACAUCUUUAUUACCAGAAGGUAGUAGGGAGAUAGAAUCAUAUAAUUCACAGUUUAUGGCAGCUUUUAAAAACACACAAACAUACGAAAAGUGGUUGAAAAUGACAAAUAAUGGAGAUGUUGAAGCUUUUAUGAAUUUAACUCCAAUGCACCCUUUUUCGGGUCAACUGUCGGUAGCUGAUAUGAAACUAAAGUUUGCACACACCAUGUCAACUACUGAAGGAGGGAGGAAGGUGAGCGCAGCGGUAGCGACGACGGGUCGUGCGGUGGCCACCACCUCCCGCGCGGUCGGCGGAGCCCUGUCGCAGGCUCGCGGAGCCCUGUCCGGCUGGUGGAGCGCCCUCACAGCUCCACCACCGAACGCCCCCAACUCCGCCAUCCCCGCAGACGAUGAUAAAUCUUCCGAAACAGCAGACGAGAAGCCCGACCCCCCUUCCGACGCCGAGGACGCUCUAGACGUAACGGAUAACAAAAAAGACGACACCGAGGCCCCGGACCCCCCCGACAAACUGAUACAAGACAACACGAGCGCACUCAACAAAAUACAAGUCGUCUGAACCGGUCGUAGUCACUUUAGUUCUACUUGAAUGUUACUAGAUUCUUUAUUUAUUCAUAUUUUUAUAUUUCCGUUUAUCAUCCGCUAUUAAUCGAAACGUAGUCUGUAGUACAGACUCUGUACAGUUGUUAUCUAAUUAGUUUAGUGUACUCUCUUUUUAUAUAGUACCGUAUUUUUAUAUAUUGUUGGACACAUUGCUUAGUCGAGUAGAGAAUAAUUCAUGUGCCACAAUAAAGUAUACAAUUGUACAUAGAUCGAUCAGAUUUUUUUAAUGCGAACGUAAUGUUCAUUGUUUGAUGUAAGCGAUUGUGAGAUCUGAAAACACUUAACCCCAUUUAUGUCACAAAAUAGAUAAAUAUGUGUAAAGAAAUGUACACGUUUUUAUUAUAAUAAUAUAUUAUAUUGUAGUGAAAUUAUUACCGCAAUCUAAAAAAGUUACAUUUACGUUAAUGUGGCAACUAUUUAAAUAAAUUUUAGUUCUAGAGCUACACAUUGUUAUGUUAAAGAUGUAAGCGCCCGUAGAGUUCUGUGCACUGUAUUUUGAAAUGAAUGUUGAGACUUGGCGGUUUUAUCUCGUGAUAUUAAACUGACGAUGAUAUUUAUAUUACUCGUUUCUAGAAAAGUCAAUUAAAACAAAAUAUAAACGUAUAAAAGACAUUUCCACUCACAUAAAAAUACUAUUAAAUUAUUAAUAUUUAUAUGUAUAUUGUAUCGUAAUAAUCGUACUUCAAAGGUGUACUUUUGUAUGGGCUAGUGGCGUCGUAAUGAUAUUUCGCGGCCAGUGAUGAAACUUGGAUAUAUUUUAAAAGAGCAAUAUAUUGCAUAUAUAAGCGUUCAUAUACAACGUUUUGAUUAGAAUUCUUAAAUAUAUAAAGGAGAAACCUAAAAAACUCAGAAAAAUCUUUUAAUAAAUAAUCUAGAUUCUAGGUAAACGAAUAAUACAAAACCAAAUGUCUUUGUUCCUAAUACGUUUCGAGAUUUAUGUCCAUAAUAACUUUUGCUUACAAUAUAUUAAUUUGUUAAUUGUUCUUUGAAAAUAUUCAGGUUUCAUCUCUGACCGCGAAAAUUCAUCACGACGCCAACUCUACCCAAACCCCUCUCCAAACUCUUUGGAUAAUUGACAAAAAAAAAAAUAAAGAAAUAAAAGUUUUUUUUGUCUUUUGGAGAUCGCUAAUAAAAAAUACUGUUACAUGUAAAAUUAAAAAUACUGUAAGUUUAUAAACAUCUGUACAGCUCCUGUGAAUUUCCUCAUUGUGAAAAAAUUUGGAUGCGCAAAAUGACAUAAAUAGAAAUGAAAUAAACUGAAUUGAGUAUUUGAAUAAAAAAAAAUAUUGAUUUUUUUCAUGUAUUUUAAAACUUUAUUUUUAAUAAUAUUGAUAUUUAAUGCAAAAAACUAAAAAAAAAAAUGUUUUUCAAUUAAUUAUAAGCAAUUAAAAAUUGAUGAAAUUUAAAUUAAAAUCACGUGACUAUAAACGCGCCAUGACUGGUCACCAUAGAUGUGACGUCAAAUUGUUAUAGUUGUA